GCACAAGCACCUUGCAAGCACCCUGCAUCACAGCUGCACCUGUCCGAGCCUGAAGAUUCCCACUCACAAGCCUGAAGCUUUUUAAUGAUCACAACGAAAGGAUUUUUUUGUGGAAAUACAUUUGGUUUCCUCUUCUGUUAAAUCAUGAAAACCAAGACUAGGGCAGCUAAACGAAGGCUGGUGGUUGAUUUGGAAGAUGAUUUCCUGGAACAACCAACAUCAAGCGAAGAUGACAACGAAAAAUGUUAUGUGUAUAAAGAAAAAAGUAAAUUGAAAAACCAAGAUGGCGUUAAAAAUACAAGCAAAAAGAAAAAGCAGUCAGGGAACGGGAAAGAACACAGCGUUCGAAGACUAGAAAGUAAUGAACGGGAGAGACAGCGAAUGCAUAAACUGAACAACGCGUUUCAAGCGCUCAGGGAAGUCAUCCCCCACGUGAGAGCUGAGAAGAAAUUAUCUAAAAUUGAGACUCUAACUUUAGCAAAAAACUAUAUAAAUACUCUAACUGCUACCAUUCUUAAUAUGUCUAGCGGACGUUUGCCUGCUGUUCCGCCAACCCGUUCUCAAAAUGGAGGAAAACUUUAUCAGCAUUAUCAACAGCAGCAUGGAGAAGAAGACAAUGAUGAACAUUUAGAAAAAUACUCCACUCAAAUUCACAGCUUUAGACAAGGCAGUUGACAUAAGCAAUAGCCUGACUGAUGGUUACAUUUUUAUUUUGCUUAUUACUGUAUAUGUGCUAUGAGGAAGGCAGAUUUUGGCAGUUCCAUAAUUAUUGUUUUAAAUAAAUUGAGAUAUGGUGUAAUGAAUGGGGUGCAAUGUAAUAGUACUUGGGGUGAUUAAUGUCUUGACUUAGUAUAAUAUAUGUUGUGUGGUAAGAGUAAAUAACCAAGUAUUUAUUUUUUUAAUAUAUAAAAAGAACAGUAAAUUAAAGGGAUAUUGUUACAUUGCAUUGUAAAAUAACUUUUUUAUAAAACAACAUUUUUUCUUUUGAAAUAUAAUAAUGUGAUUUUUUUAGUAGCUUACAAAACCCAGAAUGUCGCUUAAAGAAAUAUAAAAGUCAGAAUGAAACUUUCAUGAUUCAGCUAGAGAAUUCAGUUUUAAGAGACAUAUUAAUUUACUUCUAUUGUCAAAUUCACUUUGUUCUUUAGGUGUUCUUUGUUUAAAGACAAACCCAGAUAGGCUCAAAUGCAGCAAUGCACUACUGGGCGCUAGCUGAUAAUUGGUGGCUACACACAGCCUUUUGUUAUUGGCUCGCCAGAUAUGUUCAGCUAGGUCCCAGGAGAGCAAUGCUGCUCUGGAGCUGAUUUUAAACUAUGUGUUUAGCAAUUUCUUUUUUUUACAUGUGUAUGUCCCUUUAAUAGAAAUAAGCUUUAUCUGUACCUAGGUUUACAGUGCAAACUCCUGCUGACCUAAAAAG